UUCAACGUAAACAUCACUCUUGAAAAUAAGAGAGGUGAUUUGGGUUCUACUAAAUAAUUAUAUACAGAUAAUACAGACAGUUGUUAAACAACUCUUGAGUAGAUAUAUUAGUGAUAAUUUUAAUAACGAGUAUGACUAAAUUUAAUUUUAAUCUCUCAACGUUGUGUUGUGUUGUUUUUAUAUCUAUUCUGAAUUCUGCGAUAUCUCAAAAAUAUAAAAUAUGUGUAGUAGAUGGAAAAGGCUCGUUUAAAAAAUCACUAACAUAUUGUCCCGAAUUAGAUAAAGAAACCGACAGCAAAGUUGAAUGUGUGGUUGCACCAGAUAGAACUGAUUGUCUAAGGCAGAUAUUGAAGGGUAAAGCAGAUUUUUCCGUUUUCUAUCCAGAAGAUUUGAUUUCGGCGAAUAAUGAAAAAAUAGAGAUUUUGGUUACAAAUGAAGUUCGGUAUACUGAUGAUCCAUUCGAAUACGAAGUAGUUGCAGUAAUCGAUAACAAAUCUGGAAUAAAAAGCAGACAUGAUCUUAAGGGAAAACGUUACUGUCAUCCAGGUUAUGGAUAUGAAACGGAUUGGACCAGAAUAUUAUCAAACUAUUUCGAAGCGUCAGUAGUCACUCCCUCUUGCGAUACAAAUUUAACUCUUAUAGAAAAUAGAAUCAAAGCUUCAGAAAAAUUUUUUGGUCCAAGUUGCAAAGCUGGUCCUUGGGUAAAUGAUGUCGUCAUGGAUGUGAAGCUGAAACAUAAAUAUUCUAGCCUAUGUGCACUUUGCGGUGACCCGAUCAAAUGUACAAUGCAAGAUAGGUAUUGGGGAAGAAGAGGUUCCCUUCUUUGUCUUACAGACGGAGCAGGAGAAAUCAGUUGGGCUAGGCUCGAUGAUGUUAAACCACAUUUUGGUCUAGUAAAAGGAACGGCUGAAGCUACUCCAGAGGACUACAGCUUUUUAUGCCCUGACGAUACGGUAUUGCCUUUAAAUACGUCGAAUCCAUGUGUAUGGGUGGUUAAACCUUGGCCUGUGGUAGCAGCAAGAAGAUCUGCAGCUGAUGAAAUUCAAAAAAUCGUGUCCCCUCUUUCACAUAACGGGCCAAAUUCAUGGAGAAACAGUCUGUUGAAUCUUCUUGAAACAUCUUAUUCCACAAUACAUAAGCUGCCUACUUUGCAACCAAUAGAAACAUAUUUACAUGAUGCCCAAGGUUAUUUGAGUGCAAAUAGUUUCUCUGGUUGCCAUCCACCACGAACUAUAAGAAUUUGCGCCAAGUCUGUAUUGGAAUUCGCGAAAUGUGGAUGGCUACGAGAAGCAGCUGCAGUUUAUGGAAUCGAACCCGAUAUAGAAUGUAUUAAGGCUGAUAAUGUUACUCAUUGUAUGACAGCACUUAAUUUUAAUGCUGCCGAUGUUGUUAUGGUACCGUCUGAUGUGGUGCAUAUGGCAAAAACAAAAUACAAUCUUAAAACAUUUUUCUACGAAACUGUAUCCGAAGCUAAUAAAUAUUUGACAGUGGCUGUGACCCGAACUACUUCAGACAUUUCAAAUCUCGACGAAAUAGCGGGAAAAAAAGCCUGUUUUCCAACGUUUGACGGAGUGGCUUGGAAUACAGUAAAAAAUAUGCUAUUUAAGAAGAAACUAAUUGAAACCUGUCCACUCGACAAUGCUAUGACUAAUUUCUUUGGACCAAGUUGUAUACCAGGAAUGGAUAGCACGUAUAAGCAAAACUGUAACCCAGAUGAUUACAAAGAUGAUUUUGGGGCUCUACAUUGCUUGACUAGUGAAAUGGGGGAUGUUGCUUUCGUGUCGCAGAAUUCUAUCAAGAAAUUUUUAUUAGAUGAUCAAGAAGAAAAACCUGGAAGUCGUUUAACAAUAGCCGAUUUUAGAAUACUUUGCAAAAACUCAUCAUCAGCCUGUCAUUUGAGUUGGGCGCCUAUAGGUCAAGCAAUGAUUAGAGCUAAUACCACUAAUCUAUGGUUGCAAGAUAGCUUAGAUGUAUUUUUAAAAUUAGACGAAUUAUUUGGAAAAAAUCACAAGACGGUGACUAAUUCUUUUACGAUGUUUGGAAGAUAUGAAAAUAUCGCUGACGUUUUAUUCCACGACGAAACUCAGAAAUUCAGAACCGUUCCGGUUGCCAAAGAUACUGAAUCGAUGAAGAAUUUAUAUGACACGUCAGAUAAUGUUGAUGAUAAAUGUGUUCAUACGAGUGGUAGUGAUACUAAUUUCUCUUUAAAAGUUAGCACGUAUUUCAUUAGUUUUUAUUUAGGAACAUAUUUUAUAAGUAUUUAUGUUUAAUUUUUAUUAGUUUUAAAUAAAUUCGACUGUGUUAUUUUUAUAAAUAAUUAAACAAAAUAUUUUUAACAUUAUCGUUAUCAU